AUGGCUCCCGCCUACAACCAAGAGACCAGAGCGAGCGAGCUGGUGCCGCUUUACGCUCCAUACAUCGCGGGCAAGACCAUCCUCGUCACGGGGGUCUCGCCAGGCAGCAUCGGCGACUCUUUCGUCAAGCAAGUUGCCGUCGCCAAGCCAGCCGUGUUCGUUCUCGCCGGCCGCUCACCAUCCAAGUUCCAGAGGUUGGUCAACGACCUUGCCACGGAACACCCCGAGAUCAAGGUCAAGUCACUCGUGCUCGACCUCGCCUCCUUUGCCAACGUCCGCAAGGCCGCCGAGGAAGUCAACACAUGGGCCGACGUCCCACAGAUCGACGUCCUCGUCAACAACGCCGGCAUCAUGGCCGGCUCGUACAAGCUGACGGAAGACGGCUUCGAGAGCCAGUUCCAGACGAACCACCUCGGGCACUUCCUCUUCACGAACCUCAUCAUGCCAAAAGUCCGAGCCUCGGCGUCGCCGCGCAUCGUCAAUGUCAGCAGCAGCGCCCACAGACUGCAUCACGUGCGCUGGACGGACUACAACUUCAACGAGGGGAAGCACUACGAGAAGUGGAUGGGGUACGGGCAGUCCAAAACGGCCAACAGUCUCUUCUCCGUCGCGCUCGCCGAGAGGCUGGGCGACCACACCGCCCAAAACGGCCUGACAGCGUUCAGUCUGUGCCCGGGCUACGUGCCCACGAACCUCGGGGCGCACGAGGCGCACGACUUCCCCGCGUUCCUCGAGGACCUGCGCAAGGCGGAUGUGCUGGCGGGCUCAAAGUACAUGUGGGGGUUGGGACAUAUCAAGGCCAAAGACCUGGACCUGGGCGUGGCCACGCACGUGUUUGCGGCGUUUGCGCCGGAGCUGAGGGAGAACAACGGGGAGUACCUGACGGACUGUCACAUCGCGGACCCGUGGAAGGAGGAGGUGUUCUCCUGGGCGCGGAGCAAGGUUGACGCGGAGAUGCUCUGGGCGUUGAGCGAGAAGCUUGUUGGGCAGGAGUUCAGGUAUUGA